UACUCAAAUAAAGUUUGUCCAGGUGAGAAGGCCUUUCAACAGAACAAUGAAGCGGAAAAUAAAUAGGUCAGCAAUCAAUUCUGAGGAAGAAGAAGAAGAAGAUUUGGACAGGAGAUGUAGCCCGAGGAUUAAAAAGAAAGUGAGAUAUAUUGAUAUAAAUGACGAAGACAAUGAGCAGCCAAGCACAUCCAACCACAGCCGGAGAGCACAAGAAAAUAGAUUAUUGACUGUAACCUGUGGAAACAAAACGGGCAUCCUGCACAGAGAAAAGCUGGCCAGGGAUGAGUUGUGUAUCGAGAGUGAGGAACGCUGGUUUUUCCCCGGUGAAUUCGAGAAAUUUGGAGGAAAAGCCUCCAGUAAAAAAUGGAAACAAAGUAUUUACCUUAGAAAUCAGCCUCUGCAGUAUUGGAUUGAGAAAGGUUACUUAACCAUCAAGACAUUUGAAAGGAGAACUGGGACUGUAAAGUCCCGGCAAAAGAAAAUCCUUUCACCUGAUCGCAUAUCAGAGAGCGCGUCUGAAGAGUCAGAAAUACAGUCAGUAGAACAAACUGAGGAAGACGAUGUUGAAGAGGAAGAAUGGGAUCGUGGCUCUGAAACAGAUGAAGAGGAGGAAGAAAGGGUAGGGACUGAAAAUGAAGAAGAGGUUGUAGACUCAGGAGAUGAAGAGAGUAAAGAGGAAGAUGAGGAUAUGCUUGCUCUAGACGAUAGCAACGAAGAAGUUUUUGAAGGUAUCGUCGAAGAAGUUUUUGAAGAAAGGGAGACACCGUUCAUUUCAACAUCUGAGGAAAGUGCAUUGAAGAAAGUAACAUGUGACAUUGAAAGGCUUCCAAAGACCUCGAGAUAUCAUCAGUCCAACGGCAAGGAGUAUCCACUAAAAGCUAAUUCAGCACCAAACAUCAAACCUAAAAACCUGGAUAAACAUUUUGGAUCAACCAGCAAUCGCACUGCCAACCUCAGUACCUCACAUGCGGCUGACCGUAGAUCUGAGAACACAGAUGCCUCCACCUCCGGCCAGGAUGCAGCACAAGUGAUGGAGCUGGACAUGACAGUUCCAAGAGCCUCAGACAGCACUCUGAUCUCCACUUGUCUUAAUCCGGAUACAAUGGACCUUACCCAGCUGAAGAGAGAGAAAGUCAAAAUGCAACUAAAGGUCUUGAAGUUGCAAGAUGAAUACUACACUCUGAAAAUAAAGGAACUUAAAAAGUGACAGGUACAGUGAAGCAAGCUUGCAUGGUAAGCCUUAAUUGUUAAAACAUUGUUAAAAUGUUUAUUAUUACAGGUUUGAAAACAUGACAAUGCCAUCACUAAGGGAUCACUGAGGAGGUUUACCAGUGCACCUAAAAUGACAGUCGGAAACUGGUUCCACUUGCUAAACCUUUGAAAGGGAUUUAGAGAGUGACAAUAUGUUUUAUGAUUUGGAAACUGUAAGCAAAACACACCCAAACAAAUGUUGUCCCAACACACCCUUCUCUGAAAUGUACGAGCAUGUCUUUGCCGGAACAUCACGUACCACGUAUUUUCCACACUGCGAGGCCAGAUUAGUUUUGGCAAAAGAGAUCAUGGAUCUCAUUUGCCAAAAAAAGGUUCUCACAAAAUCUUGCUGGACAUUGUCAUUUACUGCAUCUGAUGAUUAAAAGCAUGUUGGUGUCAACUUGACCUGUUGAAUUUUCAAAAAGUGACCUCACUGUGACAAUGAUUUGUACUGUAAGUACAGAUGAUACCAACAUGAUCUAAGAUGUGCAUCAGAAGUGCAGUUUGUGAGGUAGCCGGGACUAAACCUAAAACGUUAUUUAAAGUUACAUUACGUAACUUAUUUUAAACACAAAGCGCAAUCUUUUCCUACAUCUAAGCGAGUGGUUUAGUUUGAAUUCACGACGGUAACCACGUGUUUACUGCGACCCUGAUGGAGCUCAAGUCGAAAAUGAGGACUUGACUUUGUAUCUGAGACCAAAGAUAGAGAUUGUGACUUCAAAGCAUAAAAUCUCAUUUACUCUGCAGAAUCCUGAAGCAAUAACAAAUGAAUUAAAUGUGAGGCAGGGUUUGCAUUUAUGCUACACACCUCAUGUUAUUGUGAUAAUAGAACCGUUUGUCCGAAAUGAGUGAAAAAGGACCCAAAGCAAUAUCAGUUUCUGGUUUUAUGAAUGUUAAUAUUUGACACGUGCUAUUUCCUGCUUGUAGUAAUUGAUGAUCGUAAAGAUGGGUAUUGACUUUGAAAAAUAAGCAUAAUAUUGUAUUAACUGUGUUUCUUUACUUCAAUGCAUUUAGAAAAGUAACAUUGCGGGAAUGUUGCAAUAUUGAAAUAUUUUGGGAUCAUUUUGUAGUUGUACGCUGAUUUUACAUCUACAAGUUUACACAUGUUAGUAAAUAAUGUUUUCAGCCUCAGGAGAGGUCACAUCUCACAACAUAAACAACUAAAGAUAAACGGGUUGAAUUUACCGUGUGUAUGUAAGGAGAUCAUCUUUAUUGUAUUUUGGUUUUUUUAGGGAACCAUUUUUGAAAAACGACACUUAUUACCGGCCAUGUUUGCAUUUGCAUGUAACAUUAACAAAUAAAAAUGCAAAUCCUUA